GAAAUAGCCGCUUCGUCUCAAGUCUCAACCCCCCACUCUCUCCUUCUCCACUCUCUGAGCUCCCACCACCACCACCGCCUCACGCCAAUUUCUCGCCCGUUUUACCGCGAUAUUUCCCCCCCUUCCAUCCGCCAUUUCUCUCACACACACUCUCUCUCUCUCUCUCUCUCUCUCUCUCUCUCUCUCUCUCUCUCACCGUCUCACGUACUAAACGUAUUAAAAAAAUUUCAAACUUUGAAUUCGGAUUUUUCUCUUCCGGAAAUCAAUUCGAUUCCGGAAAUCCGUAUUCUUUUGUUUUCGUAGUUUUUCUCUGACAGAAAAAGAAUCGUCUCCGGAGCUUGCGGGUUUUGUUUGAUCAACAAAAACAAAAGCUUGAAGCUUUUGGUUUCUUCAGGUUUGAGCAUGAGCUUGAUUUUCCCGGGAAAAUAUUUUUCCAGGAAAUGGGAAUGGUGGGGACGCGAUCUACUAUAUCCCUGGAGGGGGAUUUGGGUUCUGCACCUGGACCGGAGAAGCUUGAAGUUCCAGGGGAGAAGACGAGCAGCGAAGUUGUGAACGACUCGGGUGGAGGCCGGUCUGGCUCAGGUGGGUCCGGUCGGGGAAGUGCCGGCGGUGGAAGGAGUUUUGGGAACCUGAACGUUGAUGUAUCUGAUGCUGAGGAGGGUUUGGUGAAGCUGAAAGGGAAGGGGAGUGUUGGGAAGUUGGAGUCGGUUUUGAGGAACGAGAAGAAGGCGGUGAGUGGCGGUGCUGAGGCGGAGAGUGGAGGGAAAGGAAGAGGGGUUGGAGAAAACGGGGGUUCUUUGGGUGGGAUUGGAGAAGGCCCGGAUGGGACUGAGACUCGUGAGGCCGGGACUGAUGUGAACGGAGGAGGGAUUGAAGAGAAUGGGAGCUGUUUGGAUGGGAUUGGAGAAGACCCGGAUGGGAAAACUGAUGAGAUUACUGAGGACAUGGAUGAUGAGGGACAUGAGUUUCUUGUUGGGGAUUUCGUGUGGGGAAAGAUUAAGAGCCAUCCGUGGUGGCCUGCACAAAUUUGUGAUCCUUCGGACGCUUCGGAGUAUGCCCUGAAAUUGAAGGCCAAAGACAGGCUCCUGGUGGCGUAUUUUGGGGACGGAACAUUUGCUUGGUGCAAUUCUUCGCAGCUGAAACCGUUUGAGGAGGAUUUUAGGAAGAUGUCUCGGCAGAGUAGCUCGAAGGCAUUUGUUAAUGCUGUGCAGCAGGCUGUGGAUGAGGUUGGAAGGCUUGUGAGGUUGAAGAUGAGUUGUAUAUGUGUAAAGGAAGAGUUCCCAGGUGAGGUUGGUCGGCCGUUGGCAGUAAAUGCCGGAAUUAAGGAAGGAGUUCGUGUGCCAGAAGGCAGGGUUGGGAAGCUUUUGGAUCGUGUUUCUGAGCCUGCAGAGCUUCUUGCUGAGUUGAAACGUGUUGCAGAAGUUAUGUCCAUGUCUAGUGAGCUUGAGCUGAAUGCUUUAAAGAGUUGGUUGUCUGCAUUUUAUUGUUCAAAAGGAGGCUAUCGAUUGCCUGUUUUUGUCGAAGCGCAGCCAGUUCCUGGUCUCGAGGAUGAUUGGAGGGAGGUGGAUGUCCCGGUCCAAGGGCCAUUCGAAGACUGGUUUUCUUCUCCCAGAAAAACAGGACAAACUGAUCAACCUUUCAACGAAGGCUCAGCUCAAGGUUUAGAGAAUAGGCAACACCAAAGAAGGAAGCAGAAGAGCAUUGCUGAUCUUAUGGAAGAAGACGAUGAUAUUCAGGCGGAAACUAAGGAAGGAGCAACCUCAGAGAAAGCAGGGGCAUCAUCUGGACGGAACAAGCGGAAAGGUGGCGAGAAUCAUAGUGAGAGUAAUUUGACUUCUGAAUCCGGAAAGAGAAGGGCCAAGCUUUCAAAGACGCCAACAAGCUCGCAUAUGAAAAAACUUUCAAGUGUUGGUGCUAGUGAAACUAAGAACGGUGUCUUAACAAGGAGCAGGAAGAAGGAUGAACGUAUUGCAAUUGAUGGCAAUGGUGGCGAGACCAAAGAAGAAGCUGGCGAUAGUCCUGUUUCAAGAGACGAGGAAUUGCGCAGUGGCGGUUCACAAACUGACAUGAAAGACCAAAUUGAUCACCCCUCUUCGACAAGAGAGAGGAAAAGGAGCAAGUACUUGUCCCCUCCCUUCAUAAAUCUAAGGACCGGAAAAAGGAGUCUAGACAUAGAAGUAGAAUCUCCGAAAGUUUCUAAUGACAACCUUGUUGGGUCACCGAAGAUGCUGAGUCCUUCCGCGGAGACAUUACAGAAGAAAGACUCUACAGAACUUACUGGGAAUGAGAUAAUUGGUGGCUCGAGUUCGAAAAAACCAUCAGAAGAUGAGAAGAGCAUUGAUCCGAUGAAAGCUAAUGUAUCUACUCAUAAAGUGCUAUCUGGACUCCGCUCUGCAGCUGUUAAUCCAUCAUCUCGAGUAGAAACGAAAUCCUUUAAGAUUGUUGGGGAUUUCAUGUCCAUAUUCAGAGACUCGAUUUAUCGCAAUGGCUCCAACUACGAACUGUACAAGAAGAAGCAACCUCAUAAGAAGAGAAAGAAGUUAGAAUCUGAACCUGGCUCAAUGGGGAAAGACCGAAAUCAGAUCACAGAAAAGCUGCCCGAAACUGACUCUGGGAAGAAGAGAACCAAGAAGAGCAGCGAGACAAAGUCCGAUAAGUCUACACAAAAGCAAGCUACUGAGACAUCAGGUUCAGAGCCUGGUAAGCGAAAAUCAAAGAGUGCUUCUGGAACUCCGGAUUUGAAGAAAAGGCGUAAGAAGACCGAUGAAACAGCUUCACCUGCAUCCCUUUUUGUGACAUUUGGCCCCGGGUCCUCUCUCCCCACAAAAUCCGAUCUUAUCAAGAUUUAUGGUAAAUUCGGAGAGCUGAACGAAACAGAAACAGAGAUGUUCUACACCAAUUUCUGCGCUCGUGUUUCCUUUGUAAAAUUUGCCGAUGCACAAGAGGCCUUCAACCAUUCGCAAAAUGACAGUCCGUUUGGAGCUGCCAAUGUCACUUUCCGGCUUCAUAAUCUGGCAGCUGCUUCGAAGCUUCGCGAGCUGACUGAAAUAUCCAAUUCUGCUCCUGCUAAGAAGUCCAGGGGCAAGACCAGAACCCAGGCAUUAGCUUCGCAGCCACCCGCCGCGGUUGGUGAGGCGUCACAAGUCGACUUAAUCAAGCGGAAACUGGAGGGGAUGACCUCAAUGCUGGAUGAUUCAACCGGCCAAGUGUCGGAAGUGACGAAAUCGAAACUGGAGAGCGAGAUAAAGGAGCUGUUGGGGACGGUAAGCACGAUGGUCUAAUCGUCGUCGUAGAUGGGUUUCUAUGCUAGGGUAAUUUGAACCUUUUGUUUCUGCACACAAUCCCCAGUCAUGUGAUAUACUUAGUGAGCGAGUGCGUAAGCAGGCGAAGUUAGUAUAUCUCCAUGUAACUAGUUGCUUCGACCUAUAAAUAUAGAGAUCAAAAGGAGUUAUGUU